AUGGGUUCUGAUGAUGAGUGUUGUUCCCGUCGUGCAAAGGUAUUGUUGCCAACGACAGGUGUGUUGACAAAACAGGGCAUUCUGUUUUAUCACUUAAGACGAUAUGCAUUAAAAUCCAUUCAUCUGCAAAGAAUCAAGCAGUGUGGGAUCGAAUUAAAAACUGGACAGUUUUCAAGUGAGGAAAAUAAGCGGCUUAAAAAGAACUGGGAAAGAUAUGCAGUAGCAAACAAUAUUGACUGCAGUCGAGCUUAUGAAUUUGCGGGUGGCUGUAGCAAAGAAAUGAGUCGAGAUGAACGAAUUAAUUUGUUAAUGUUUCAGAACAAAACAAAUUUUGUCCCGGCAAUGUGUGAAGGAUUCAAUGAUCGCACAGGGAGACAGGUCAUCAGCAGAAUGCUAAUUGUGUACCAUCCGGGUGAAAAAAGCAGACCAGAAUGGAAUGAUGAACUAGAGAAACAGUUCGAGAAAUUGUAUGCUGAGGGUUGCUCAUCUCGUGCUAUAAGUAUUCGCUUGGAACGACCCAAGGCCGAAGUAGAUUAUCGAAUUAAUAUAUUGAGAAGGAAAACAGAAAAACCAUAUGAUUUUGACAACUGUGUUGUUGAAUUGGCUGAUAGUACGCGACAAGUUCUCUAUG